CUGAACGCCACUCCCAUGAUGUUCGGUGUUCAGCAGUAUCCAAUCCCCGACAUGACCCGGAAGAGGGGACGGGAGGACGACGAUGACAUGAUGAAUGGCACACUCAGCUUCGGCGAGCACAGAAACAAACGUCUCCAAUGUCUCCCCCUCCGAACCUCGCCCAAUUCGAAGCGCUGCUUUGCGCCCGUCAUGCCCCUCAACGCCGUCCCUUGCACACUUACACCCGGCGAUUCCGACUCGGAGGAGCAGCCCAAGUCGCACUUCUCGCCCUGGUCCUCCUCACCCGCCCAGGGCUCUUGCCAGCCCUCGCCGUUCCAGCAGACCGAUCAUGACAUGGACAUGAUGGACACAAUGUCACCGCCCCCCGUUCCCCAAGUCCACGCCCGUCCCGAUCCGGCCUCGUCUGUCAACGGUCGCAUGCCCACUCCCAUCCAACCCAACUUCGCCGCUCAGGUUCGGGGUGGCGCCUGGGGCGGACCGGGACCCGCAGUCAGCCAUCUCAACGGCGUCGUCAAUAUGGGCCACAUGCACGCCGGCUUCGGCUCUGCCGAGUCCCGCAGCAUCCCCCGCUCCAUGGAUGCCGGUGACGACUGGCACGCCGUGCAGAACCGUCGUCUGCCUUCUCCCAUCAGCGAAGGAGAGGACUCAACUAGUCACGUCGGCAGCGCGAGCUUGAGUCCCCCGGGUAUGAUUCUCGACAAUGGUUUCUCGUCCAACCUCGCCAUGCGUCUGGAGCAGUCAUCCCUGGAUGGUAGUCACGACAUGGACAUGAUGGGUAUCGAAGAUCACGCCGGUCACAUGGGCGAGGAGCCCGUCACCACAACCAUCGACGCACACCCCACAGAGACGACGUCAGCUCCCGCAACACCGUCGCCUGGACGCAAGGGACACAUCCGGUCUAGGCACACCGUCAACCACUGGACCUGGCAGCCGGGAAUGAGAAAGAGCUUCAGCAUAGGAUACCGAGCCGACUGCGAGAAGUGCCGUCUCAAGGUUCCGGGCCACUUCAAUCAUAUCAUCGUCUCAUAG